GCUCCCGUCACCUGCAACCGCUUUUACAGCUAUGUGUGGUGGACUGUGUGGUACGACUUCUUCGCCAUCAUCCUCGUCGCCUACCUGCUGGCCACCUCACGCAUUCACACGCUGCGCUACGGCGCCAUCGGCUUCCUCAUCCCCGUCACCUACCUGCUGAUGAGCACGUCGGACGUCGCCCAGGCCCUGUGGCACAUCGGCGUGUCCCCCUCCCGGGCCAAGGUGCUGCUGGCCGGCGGCAUCAUCUCCUCCAUCUUCCAGGUGGUCCUCAUCGUCCUCCUGGGGGCUGAGUUGCAGAAGCGGGGCACCCACUUCGCCGCCCUGGCGCCUGGCGCCGCCCCCGGGCUGGCGCUGUGGUCGCGGCUGGUGCGCCAGGUGCACGCCACCUUCAUGCCCGCCGGCUACCCCGUGACCGUGGCCCCCGGCUACCCCGCCUACGUCGCGUGGCAGGGGCUGCACCACGCCGCGGGCUCCGCCAACGGCGUGCUGGCCUCCACAUUCCUGCUCUAUGCGCUGGGGCUGGGCGCGGAGGCCAUCCCCACCGCCGGCGCCAUCAACUGGGUGCUCAAGGACGGGCUGGGCCAGGCCGGCACGCUGCUGUUCGGCCGCGCCAUCGCACACAACUUUGACGUCAACGCGCGCUGGUGGUACGUGGCCUCCUCCGCCAAGCUCAACCUGGCCAUGGGUCUGGAGAUCGGCACGGCGUUGGCGCCCGCUGCCUUCCUCCCGGCCGCCGCGCUGGCCAACGCGCUCAAGGGCCUGGCCUGGAUGGCCGGCGGCUCGGCGCGCGCGGUGUUCAACGGCGCGUUUGCCGCCAACGUGAACAUUGCCGACCUGACGGCCAAGGCCACCAGCCAGACCAUCGCCGCCUCGCUGGCGGGGACUGCCGCCGGCGUCGCGCUGGCGGCGGGGGUGGGGCAGAGUCUGGCCCCCGCCGCCGCCGCCUACGCCGCGCUGGCGGCCCUGCACAUGCUGUCGGGCGUGCGCAGCGUGCGCAGCGUGCCCCUGGCCACGCUGAACCCCUCCAGGGUGCACGCGCUGGGGCGCGCGUUCCUGGACGGGGGCGGCGCGGCCGCCGCGGGCGCCGACGAGGUCGACGGCGGGCUGGCCGCGCUCGGCGACGGGGCGGUGGUGCCCGCAGAUCCGCGGCCCGACGCCCGCGCCGCGCCGCGCGUGGUGCCACUGCCCUCGCCGGCCCGCCUGGCGCCGUGCGACCCGCUGCGCGAGCGCGCGGCCACCGCCGUCCGCGUUGGCGUGCCGCGGAAGGCCCUCCUGGCCCUCUCCCCCGCCGCCAGCCGGGCACUAGUGGGCGAGUACGCCGGCGGGCUGCACGCGCUGGUGGAGGGGUGGUCGGAGGGGCGCAGGGUCCAGCGCCUGCUCCUGCAUGAGGAGGCGAACGCCGCCGACGCGUUGCUGGGCUGCCUGCACGCCUGCGUGGCUCGCAGCAUGGCCGAGCGCAUGGAAACCAACCAGCACCUACCGGGGGCCACCACCCUGCGCAUCGCCCGGAGAGCCUUCCCCUCCUUCCGCGCGUCGCUGGUGGCCGCGGGCUGGGACGUGGAGCGCCUGAAGCUGGAGUCCAUUCGGCAGCGGGCAGUGUGGUAG